AUGACUGCAGUGACCGCAGUGGACUACCUUGAGCAGCAGCUUCAACUCGAAAAGGAGGCUAGAGAAACGCUUCCCUAUGAGCCCGACAGGUGCACUUAUCCUCAGCCGCUAAGACAGCUCGUGUUUACCUGUCUCACUUGCCUGAGAGCCAACGACAACACCCCAAUCGGCGUGUGCUACCUGUGUCUGAUACAAUGUCACAGUACCCAUGAAUUGGUGGAGCUACUUCCCAAACGGUCAUUUGUGUGCGAUUGUGGAACAACAAGAAUGAAGAAUGGCCAUGCUUGUGAGUUAAGGAUAAAGCAGGCUAAAGAGGACGCUAAGAAGUAUCGUCCAGGAGAUCAGGGCAGCGAGCAAUCUAACCGCCAGCAUGAAGGAGAUGGACACCAACACAUACAACGACUGCCAAGUAGCCCUCACCAGCUGCUGAGACAAGAAAUUCCAAAACUUCGAGCCGGCUUAUCUUCUACCCAUUUUCACAGCCUAUCGUCCCAGAAACUGCCGGCAGAAGAUGUACCCAGCUCGAGCAAUAAGUACAAUCACAACUUCGAGGGUCGCUUUUGUUCAUGCAACGAACUAUAUAACCCCGUAAAGGAAACAAGAACCAUGCACCAAUGCUAUUUCGGAGAGUAUUGCGGCGAGGAUUGGUUCCAUCAAGAUUGCAUUUUAGGCUACAAACCGGGUAUAUUUAGCAACGACAAGCUGGUGCCCCGCAAUGAGAUUACCUCGUCACUGAAUCUCUCCUCGGGAUUAGAUGCACCACUCGAUUCGAAAGACAUCAUAAAUGAAGAAGAGCAGGGCACUAAGACCGAUGAGUCAACGCUGAAAAAGGACUCUCCUCGAACCGAAGCAUCUGACCAUGAAGACGCGGACUCAGACGAUGAUGAUGUCGUUCCAUAUUUCCCUGCACUAGACUCAUUUUCCGAAUUCAUUUGCCUGGGAUGUAUUGAAGCAUUUCCUGAUGCAUUUGACGAAAUAUCAAAUAAUUCACAGAUUGUCGCAGCAAAGCUACCGCAAUUUGAGGGGGUUGACUCCGCUCAUGAAUGGAAAGCACGCUACGACGCGUACCUUACUGGUGAGCCUCAAGCUAAAAAGAUCAAAACUGAAAAGAAAAAUAGACAACCUUAUACAUUGUUUCUUCGCCACAAUUUCAAGCUCGAAUUGAAGAAGCUUAAGGACUCUGUUUCCCCCGACUCCCCCGUUGGAGCUCUUUUAAGAAGUUUCGAAUUCUUGAGUGGGGAAGAUUCAAUUUACCUGCCUGACGAGGAUUCUGAUGUGGGCUCCUCAACUGGUUCCUUAUUUGAAAUGGGUACAGAGGCUCUUCAGACGUUGCCAGGACAACAGGCAAUCGAGGGUUUACAUGCUUAUGAAUUGAUGAGAUCCAGACUACGUGAUUUUUUCCAAGAUUUUGUCGAUAAGAACAAGGUUGUCACAGAGGAUAAAGUUCGAGACUUCUUCGACAAUCUCAAGCAAUCUCACUAG